AUGCUUGCUAUGGUUUGUUUUCUUCCUCGGCUACACAAAGCCUCUUUUGAUGCUGUGGUGGAGUUGGAAGGAGAUGUGGGCCUUUUAAAAUUGAAACAUGCCCUGGAAUCCACGCAGCACUCUCGCAGUUUACUUCAUAUUGCCAGAGUCAUAAAGCACAGAUUGGCCCCAUUCAUAUUCAGAGAAUUAGUCUUUUGCCUUAUCAACCUACUCCCAAUGGUAGGAACUCCUUUGGUUAUUUACCUUAGAGCUCCGAUCCAAGGCUACAGAACACAUCGAAAAUAUUAUAAGUGGAUGAUGUGGAACAACGUACAGAUCAAGGAGUUUUACCGUGCACAUAAAGGGGACUACACGGGAUUCGGAAUAGUGUGCUUGCUUUUACAAAUGAUUCCAGGUUUUGCAGUGGUGUUCAUAUUCACAGGAAACAUCGGUAUGGGUCUCUGGACGGCGCAGAACCACCACAUCUUCGAAGCAGAAGAGUCUAUAAAACGUAUCUAG